AUGUUUUACACAGCAAUUAAGUAUUCAUUCCUGACAUUUUUAAUCGGAAUACUCUUCAUUCGCAUUGCCGCAAUGGCUGAAAUCGUUAGAAAACGUUCUAUACAUAUUCGUGAUGCAAGGAUAGCUGGUUUGUACGACUUAGAGCAUACCAUCGGACAAGGACAUUUUGCUGUUGUGAAACUCGCACGACAUGUAUUCACCGGAGAACAGGUUGCCGUCAAAAUUAUUGACAAAACAAAUCUUGAUGCUGAAGCACAAGGGCAUGUUAUGCAAGAAGUACGAUGUAUGAAACUCGUACAACAUGCAAAUAUCGUUCGUCUCUACGAGGUCAUUGAUACUAACACUAAAUUAUUCCUCAUCCUUGAGCUCGGUGACUAUGAUAUGCACGACUUCAUCAUCAAACAUGAAAAUGGUGUGGCUGAACCUCUAGCUCAGCAGUAUUUUUGCCAAAUCAUAACAGCUAUCGACUACUGUCAUCGACUUCAUGUGGUACAUCGAGACUUGAAGCCUGAGAAUGUAGUAUUUUUCGAAAAGCUUGGUAUGGUAAAGCUAACCGACUUUGGUUUCUCUAAUCUCUUCGAGCCUGGUCAACAGCUGCGUACCGCAUGUGGCUCCCUAGCUUAUUCUGCUCCGGAGAUUCUUCUGGGAGAUGCCUAUGAUGCGCCUGCCGUGGAUGUUUGGUCUUUGGGUGUAAUCUUAUUCAUGCUGGUGUGUGGAAGGUUGCCAUUCCAAGAGGCUAACGAUUCUGAAACACUCACAAAAAUUUUGGAUUGCCGGUAUACCAUUCCCGAGCAUCUGUCUAACGCAUGUAAAAACUUGAUCCAUCGCAUGCUAGUACGCGAUCCGACAAAGCGAGCUGGUCUUGCUGAGAUUGUUUCAAAUCCAUGGGUCAUGGCUGGAGAUCGAGGACACGCUGAAAUGUUACCACUCAUUGUGAAACACCACCUUCCCCACUCAGCACAUACAACGAUCAUCGAACAGAUGGUAGCUGGCGGCGUUGGUACCGAAGAUGCUAUAUUGAGGGCUCUCGAAAAUGAUGACUACAACUCGAUGACAGCGACUUACUACCUUCUAGCUGAGCGAAUUUUGGCUAGCUGUCGCGAAGAGCAGGCUAAAGAAUUGAUGGCAAAGGAAGGUAGUGGUAUUCCAGAGGAGGAGCCGCUAGAAAGCGAAUCCCGAGCUCCCAGCGCAGUUCCGCCGGGUGGAUCGCGAUGUCGCAGCCGUUCCAACUCGUGGCGUGCCCGACCUUGCUCCAUUCUCAAGGAAGAAAGCGAAGAAGAGCUCUCUUCCUACAUGCGUUCUAGUCGUCAUAGUAGUAGGAACUCGUCUCCUUCCAUCUCGAUGUUUAGUGGAGCCCGUGAUCGUGUCAGUCCGCAAGCGGUUCAAGAUCUCUUAGAACUAUGUAGGAUAGGGAAAGGACGGCGCGCCGCUAGCCCAGAAAGUAUUCGAAGUAGCAGAUCACCUUCACCACCUACAAGUAGUGGACGCGCAUCACCCGCUAUGUCAUCGUUGUCAUCACUUUCUCGUCUCAAAGUCGCGUCGGCUGGAGGUGGUAUGAGAAAACUUUCGUCUUCACCACAUCUUCUGGGAAUUUGCGAAGAAGGAGAAGACGUUGAGACAGGCACUAUGCUUCUGACUACUGGACAGACGGCGCGGACGAAUAGAUCAGCGUCUACAGGACUUGUUCCAAUGCGUCAUGGGUCUGUGCAAGUAACGAAAAGCACUGGAUCGCAUCCACAGCCGACUACGUAUAGUUCUGUUCGCAUGAUUCGACCACGUCAUGCAGUCGUAUCACCGGAUGUUUGCAGGCGUUACGAUCAACACCAAAGGCUUAUUGCACGAAGCCGUCGUAGUACAAGCUGCUCUUCAUCUGAAGCCUCAGAUGAUGAAGAAGGCAAACGGUUAUCGCUACUUGGAUCGAAGUAUUGUGGAAGAAAACCGGAUAGCGACAAUGACCCAGAUGACGGUGCUGGUGGUCAAGGUGGGGUAAGCGGAGGUGGAAAUGGAGGCGUUAACGAGGCGGGAGCCUCUGGUACAACUUAUUGCAGAACUAACUCACGCUCUGGAGGAGAUUCCAUGCAUGAACGACGAUCUGGCGGACAAACUGAUGCUCCUUCUAGUCAGCAACAUCUUUUCCCUAUCCCAGAAAUGACGCAUCUGGAUAAUGACAGUGGGGAUCGCCUUCGAGCAAAACUUUUACAUAGGUCCCACACCGCCGAGCGUGUAGCUCGUAAUUGGGCUACGGUUUUUGCGCAUAAUUAUGUUCGUGAGAUCUCUUGCUUUGGAACUCCUCCUCGUGAUCUGGAUAUUUUUUCCUGUGAUGGGAAGCGAAAUGGUGCUGUUACGUGGAUAAAAAGUUUGAAACGGACGCGAUCUGAUGAUAGGAUACCGCAGAUCGAAUGUACUGAUGCUGAAAGCAUGGGCGAUUCAGUUUUUGAUGUACCUGUGGAUUCUGCUGAUUCAUCGAGAGGUGCUGAGAUUGAUAGGGGAAGCGACUCUGGAUGUUCAAGUGAAAGAGCAGGAAGGAGUGCUUCAAAGAAAGACAUAUCGAAGAAUUGCAAGUCGGAAUCGUUGCAACCGCUUGACCCGCAUCUUCUGUAUGAUCAGCCGCGUCGAGAGAAAAUGCUGACGAGGCUGAAACUAAGAAUCAGCACAAAAACUUUUUGGAGAGCCAAACACACCAAGCCAAUGCUGAAAUGGCCACUUGCAGAGCACCAGCGUGUUGAAGGUCGCGAGCUGUCACGGUUCAGUGACCAAUUACUAGAUUUACAAACGCAUUGGAAGCCAAUAUAUGAGACUAAGAGUAGCAAAGAUGGUUCAAGUCCAACUUCUUCAAAGUACAUUCUGUCUAUGUUUCCAUAUCCGUCGGGUUCAUUACAUAUGGGUCAUAUGCGAGUUUAUACAAUUUCUGAUGUUACUGCUAGAUAUUACCGUUUAAACGGGUACAAUGUUGUUCAUCCCAUUGGAUGGGAUGCUUUCGGGUUGCCAGCCGAAAAUGCAGCUCGAGAAAAAGGAGUUGAUCCCCGGGAGUGGACCAUCUCCAAUAUCGAAACGAUGAAGAAACAACUACUGGAAACUGGCAUAAUUUUCGACUGGGAUAGGGAAUUAUCAACGUGUGAUCCAUCGUAUUAUCGUUGGACGCAAUGGAUAUUUUUACGCCUUCAUGAGAGGGGCUUGCUGAGACGGAAUCUUGCUGAAGUCAACUGGGAUCCAGUAGACAAUACUGUCUUGGCUGCCGAGCAAAUCGACUCGGAAGGUCGAAGUUGGCGAAGUGGAGCUGUAGCUGAAAAACGAAAAUUGCGUCAGUGGAUGGUGGAGACGACACGGUAUGCGAAGAGACUUAGUGACGGUUUGCGUCUUCUACCGGAAUGGCACGAAGUCGCGGAUAUUCAAUCAAAUUGGAUAGGAGAAUGCGACGUGUACAGAUUUCUCUUUCCAAUCCGAGAUGACCACCACCAACCCCUGGAAGAGCUUUUGGAUUUGCGAGUUGCCGAUCCACUUUCUGUGCCAAGAACGUCUUUCAUUAUUUUGCGUCAAGGACAUCCAUUAUCUGAUCAUAACAGAGUUGAUGUGGAUUCACCAUAUCGGCUUGGCGUGAGUGUUUUGAAUGGCAUCACUGGAGUUUGGAUGCCAGUCAUUGUUGUUCCGGAGAAUUAUGACGGUCCUGAAAUGCACUUAAAUGCUAGAUAUGGAGAUGAGGUAGCUGACCGUGCUCUAAUGGAACAGUUCAAUAUAAAGCUGGAUAGUCGAAGAAUGAUGCCGAUGAGUACACGAGAUGUUGAGGAAAUUGCGGCUUUUGGAAGAUACGGCGGAUAUGUGACUUCUAGGACUCUCCAAGAUUGGGUGGUUAGUAGACAAAGAGCUUGGGGAACCCCAAUCCCAAUGAUUCUGAGCGCAGAUGGGAAGACGGCUGUACCAUUGACGGAUGAUCAGCUUCCAUUGCUUCAAGGGCAGGCACCCGGCACAAAAGUUGCUUGCGACAGAUUACCCGAAGGUGAGGGCUUCUACGAAACCGACACUUUGGACACGUUCUUUGAUUCUGCGUGGUAUUACCUUCGUUUCCUGGACCCACAUAACGAAAAUGCUCCGCUCUCACGAGAAGCUGCUUUCAGAAUGCCUGUAGACAUCUAUGUUGGUGGAAUAGAACACGCUGCUGUGCAUAUGUUCUUUGCUCGUUUCAUCUCCUAUUUUCUGACAGAUAUAGGACUGACAUUGGAAGCUGAACCGUUUCGAAAUCUCAUACCCCAAGGAAUUGUGCGAGGACGAACAUUCACAAAUUCUGAGGGAAAAUAUGUGCCAAAAACGGAAGUGAUCUCGAAAGACAAAAAAUAUUUCGCAAAAGAUGGCAGUGAGCUUACUAUGGUUUACGAGAAAAUGAGCAAGUCAAAGGGAAACGGUGUCGACUUACUAGAUGUUCUAAAAACAAAUGGAAUUGAUAUGACUCGUCUCCAACUUCUGGACUCCGCAGCACCUCGACAACCUAUAAAUUGGGGAGAGUCAGAUCUCAAAGGUUUGAAAAAAUGGCUCGAUCGUGUAGCAUGGAUUGUUUCUGCUUAUGUGGAGCAAAGGAAGAAGGCUGUGGAAUCAUCGGCUGGUGCCGAGCCCGAUCCGAAAAUUGAAGAGAAUUUGCGCGAAAGUUACAACUUCUUUGUUAGGAAUGCAUCGAUGUGCUUGGAAGUGUUGAAUUUGCAUAAUACUGGUCUAGCUCGUCUUCAAGGAUUCACUAAUGCGCUCAGGAAGAUGGACCCAUUUGUACUUGGGAACAGUCCCGAAGCUGAGAGAUGUAUUUAUGCGUUGAUGAUUAUGAUGCAGGUUUACACCCCCAACUGUGCUGCUGAAUUAUGGGCCGCUCUUCGAUCUGUGCCACCUAUAAAAGUUCAUGUGCCAACUAUCACUCGGGUAGAUGAAAUGCUAUGGCCGCAAGUGGAUCCUGAUUGUAAUAUCGAUUUCAUCCUAACGGUUAACGAAAUUGGUUGUGGACGAGUUGCCGUGCCCCGGUUAGAAAUUGAAGAAUUGUCACUAGACGAAUUGGUGAAACGAGCCCAAACAGAAGAACACCGUGAUGUACUGCAGAAACUGCAAGAGAAGCACUUCGAGAUACAGUCAAUAACGAGUUCUGCGAGAAAAGGUUUUCAUGUCACAUUGAAUGUCACACUGAAGGGCAAAGUUGAUCCCAGAGAUAUAUCUCAAAUACUAAAUGAGCUAGCACCGAAAUGGAAAGCAAUGAGUAAAAAGAAGAAGCGAGCUGAAGCGAGAGCAUAA